AUGGAUAAUUUUAAUUAAGCUUAUUUUGAGUAAUUAAUCGAUGAAAGAAUAGCAAGUCAUUUAAAAUUGUUAGCAAAUUAAUAAAUAACAUAAACUGAAGUAAAUAUUAAUUUUAUUAUAUAAGUGUACAUAAUUAAUUUAAAAUACUACUAAUGAUUAUUUAAAAGAUCAAAUAGGUUAACUCUACUAAGUUGAAUUGGCUAAAAUGUCUUAGGGAGUAGUUUUGAUCUUUGAAAAAGUAAUUUAAUAUUUCAAUGAUAUGUAAUACAUAGACCAAACUAAAUUAUAAAAUUUUAAUAGUUUUAUUGAUAGUGUUACACAACAAUUUUACACUUUAAGUAAAAAUAUAGCUUAAUUGGCUGAAAAUAAUAGGCCAGGAUAAGAUGCUAUAUAUAAAUUAGAUUAAUUGAUAUAAUAAACUGAAUAAAUGGCAAAACAAUAUGAAGAUGUGAAGAAAGGUAUGAAAUAAGCAGAAUUAUAAUAAUAAUAAUAAUAAUAAUAGAAUUAAUUAUAUUCAAAUGAUGAUAGAUUAUCAAAGAUAGAAGAGCAUAUUAUGAAAUUAAGAGAUGAUUUAUAAAUGUUAACUUAGAAUUAAUAAGCUUAAAUCAAACCAAUGGUAGGAAUGGAUUUAUUUACUAAAGGAUUGGUUGCUUAAAUAUCAGAAUUAUAGAUAAAAGUAACAAAUAAAGAUAUGAGUUUGCCAUAAAUUUAACAAAUCUUGAGUUAAAUGUUAUUACAAUUUUAAUAAAUUGUAUUUAAAGUUGGAUCAUGA